UCGCGCAAUAAGUGACGUCACAUGCAGGGAUUUCCGACAGUAUGCGAGUUUACCGUCUCUACUGUGCAUUAGAAAGAGUUGUAAAUAUUGCCAGUUACUUUUGCCAUAGAUAUUGUAAAAAUAAUUUGCACAUUUCUCGUAAAAGCAGACUUUUUACUCUUUUUGUCUUAUUACUGUUAUCUAUCUGUGUUGAUGCAGACAUCAUAAAUAAUAUCGAUAUGUCACGAAUUGUGAGUUUUUUCAAAAAGUUCUUUACCAGCGGUGAAAAUCCUGCCGAAGUUCCUCAUCCUGUUGAGAAAUAUAAUUUUCCAAGCACAAUGGAAGAGUUUGGUUACAGAUUUAAUGAUUAUGGUGAGCUGAGGCACAUAAGUACAGGAGAACCCUUCAACUUUUAUGAACGACAAAAUGACCACAAUUACAAUCAGCAGAGAUAUGAUGCUCUUGGGGAGCUUGUGACAGAGUAUGUAUAUGACAUCAUGGAAAAGGAGCUAAAACUAGAAAGGGUGUACAUUCCAGAGGAUGCAAGGAAAGAGGACCCUCAGAGUUUUAUUUUCAUGUCUCCUGGUGCUUUGACCAAUUCAGACAAGCUCAUGCUUCUUAUCCAUGGAGCAGGUGUUGUCAGAGCUGGCCAGUGGACACGCAAGCUCAUCAUCAAUGAAAAUCUGGAAAAGGGUUCACAGAUACCUUACAUCCGGCGUGCUUUUGAAAAGGGUUUUGAAGUCAUUGUAUUUAAUACUAAUUUGAACCAGGUCACCAUCAAUGGGAAAUUGGAGGAUGUCAAGGACAACCAAACUCCAGAGGAUCAUGGGAUAUAUAUCUGGCGCCAUUUUGUACAGAAAGCAGCUGCUAGAAACAUUGCAAUUGUGGCCCACAGCUAUGGUGGUAUUGUCACAUUUACUUUGGCAAAGCAAUUUCUGGAGGAUUUCAAAGAGAGGGUUUUUAGCAUUGUGUUUACAGACUCAGUCCAUGCAUUUAAGCGCAGUGAGUGGCCAGCAGAUGUGAAACAGUUAAUAAAAGAGCGAGCUGUCAACUUUGCUGCUAGCUAUGUUCCUAUCAAUGUUCUCCUUAACACUGCAGACUCGGAGGACUGCUGUUCUGUAUCUGCAGGGACAGAGGAACAUGAGAGAACCUCAUACACAAGCAUUGACAUGGCCUUCAAGUACAUUCAAGAAAACUAUGAUUCAUGGACUCGGGAUAAGACCAUGGCGACUCAUAAUUUUCUUCCCCUUCCAGAAGAUUUGUCACCAUUCCAGCCCUCUAACAGAUGGAACAAAGUGGAAGCAGCUGAGGCUGUUAAGCCAGAUGAAGAAGAAAGAGAAGAGAAGAAAGAGCCAAAAGAGGAUGUCACUAACAAUCAGAGUGAUCUAACAAUGGAUGACAACAAUCAGACAGAGAAGUCUGAAACGCAGGCACAAGGGGUACAAAAUCAAAUUGAAGAAAGUAACAGGGAAGCAGAGUUAGAAAUAAAGAAAGGCAUAGUAGUAGCAUUAGAAGAAGUUGGAAUUGUUGAGACAAAUAAAAGCAAAGUGACCGGUGAAGCAGAUAGCUUGGAGAUGGAGUCAAACAGAGAUGAAGUAAAGAUGGAAGCAGCAGAAUACGAUGCCUUGGAAACAAAGAGAGAUGAUGCUGUGGAGACCAAGAGAGACGAAAUUGAGGGCAUGAAGGGGAACGAUAUUUUGGUAACGGAGACAGGGAAAGAUAAUUCAGUGGAAACAGAAACAAAAAUGGCUGACAUAAUGGACACUGAUCAAGCAAAAAUAGAAACAGAGAUACCAGGAUAUACAUCUGAAGAAGGUGAACGUGAUAAGUCUGUGGAGACAGAUAAAGGAAAAGGUAAUUAUGGUCUUUCAUCAGAUGAGGGUCUGAAGCAGUCUGAACCAGAGUCACCAGGCUUGGAGAGUGCUAAUGAUAAGUCUGUAGAGACAGAUAAAGGAAGAAGUGGUGAUAAGCUUUUUUCAGAUGAAGGUUUGAAGAAGUCUGAACCAGAGUCACCAGGCUUGGAGAGUGCUAAUGCGAUGGUCCCAGAGAUGCAGGCAUCCAUUGAUUUAGAAGAGAAAACUCCUUCAGGCAUCAAGUCUGAGCUGUGAAGCUACCUGAGAGUUUUGCUACAUUUAUUUAUGAAGCUUGAGGCUUUACAUGUGUAAAAUUAAGCAUCAUAAACACCAUUUGUAAAAUUGGGAUCAUGUGGGCUGUCAGAAAUGAGCAAACCUGUUGCAAUAAAGGUUGCAAGAAACAAUUUUCAAACUGUGCUGGUCAAUCUGUACAAUUCACUGCCAGUUUACUUGCACUGACGCUUCCUUAUGUUUACUUGUCUUAAUUUCUGUUUCAUGCAGAUCUGCUAGGUUAGUAUAAUGCGUUUUCUACCAGAAUUGCUAGAUCCACGUUUCCUGGCCAAGCAUAUAGUGAUUAUAUCUAUGGCAGUUUUGUUUUGCAUAUGUAAAUGUAAUGCAUGUCAACCACAUGCAUAAUUGUUUGCAAUUUUGAUUGGCAUCAUAACUAUUUUAUAGUAAUGAGAGUUGGUUAAUUUAUAAACUUUGUUUAAAAACUUGAUAAAAAUGCCAGCAUGUGGGAGUAGGAGAAAAUAUAAAUGUCAAAAGUUUGGCAAAAAUUGUUGUCAGAUUGGCAAACCAGUGCCUUUUGCGAACAUUCCAUCGAGCAUCUGCUGUUAUGCACAAACAGAAUUUUUAAAUUUUCAAAAAAGGUGCAAACAACAACGAAAAAAGAUGAAAAUACGUUUUUAAAGUGCCAUUUAAACUAGGUAAGCAGAAAUUGAAAUGUGCAUAACAGUUUGCGAAAAUGGAGUGUGGCAAGUGAGUAUAACAUAAAGAUUGUGAUGUCACUUGACAACAAAACAAAUAUAUCUUUUCUGAACUUCAAAUUUUUUUCAUGAUAUUUUCUCUUUCUUUAUACAUGUUUCAUUAAAAAAAAAAUUGGAAAAAAAUAUAUGCUGUGAUAUGUUUCUUAUUUUAAUACCAGAAUGUAUAAUUAAUGCAUCAUUAUCCCUCAGUAUCUUAUUGCUAUCAUUUUUUGCCAUGUUGUCCUUUAUAGGAUUCUAACAUCUACCUUAGGGACAUUUGUCUCUUGGAAACUAUAAUUGGAGAAAUUCUAGCAUAUCACUUUAUAAUUCUGGAUAUGGAUAAUUCACACUUGUAUCAUAUUUUACUUUUUUAGACAGUAAAUCAUUUUAUUGGAGGAAAUAAACUGUGAAAUAAAGAUUAAAAAAAGUAUUUUCUGCAUAGAGAUCUAAUUAGAUGUACUGAUAAAAAACUUUUAUAGGUUGCCGUGAAUUGGACUAAGAGCACUGACGUGGACAUUUUUAAGCACAAAUUUUCAUCCAAUUUAAGUUUAAGGUUUGUACAGAAUUCUGAAGCCUUUGUCCCAACAGCUUGUACCUGUAGCUGAAAUCUUGAAAACAGCAGUGUAUGCAUUAUUUCAAAAUAUUUGGCUUCUGGUGGCAUAAAAGUAUCUUCGUGUGUAUGUCAAAUAUCACUGCCACCCUUAUAUCAUUUAUUUUCUACAGGAUGUAAUAUUAUAGGGCUUGAUAAGAUGCUAGUAUUGUGAGCUGUUUUGAAUCUCUUAAAGUUACAUUAAAGCAUAACUUGACUUAAA